UAAAUGACAGAAGUAACAGGACACGUGCAGUUCGCGAGAUAGAAUUGGCGAGAAGGCUUAAAAUGUGGUAUACAUUUUAUUUCUUUAAUUUCCUUUAUUGCAUCAACGCGCUUACAUACCACUCUUAUUAUGGAGUUCCAGUAUCAGAGGAAGAAGUAGCUAAAUACAAAGCAAAUAAUAAAGACGCCAUAUGCGUAGUCACCUUCGAACCCUGCGAUGAGAAUGAGUGGAGGCGAGUUGACGGCUCCUGCAACAACCUGGACUAUCCUAGCCAUGGAACCAUGAAUACGCCUGAGUUGAGAUUAUUACCUGCUUAUUAUAGUGAAGGAUUUGGUCUAAGAAAAACGAAAUCAGGCAAAGAAUUUCCACUUACGAGAUCAGUUCGUUUACAUCUUCUUAAAGUUGGCGAUGGAAUAGAUGACAAAUUCGCUACGUCUGCAUCAUACUUCAUAGAAUUCUUUACUGCUGACAUCGUGGCCAUUCAUGACAUAGAAAACUACGUUUUGAUAAACACGAACUGCUGUGAACCUGAAGGCUUAAACAAUCCCAGUUGCGCGCCAAACUUUUUACCUGUAAAUGACAAUGUGCACAGGUUUUCUGGCAUGAACUGCAAUAACAUGACCAAGCCGCUGACCUUCCAAACUGAAGGAUGCGUACCAACUAAUACGCUUCCUAACAGAAUUACGAAGUCAACAACACAUAUGGAUCUGUCUAUGACAUAUGUGCACGCAAACGCGUCAGCAAUCCAUGAUCAUAGGACUAAUGAAGGGGGAAAACUGAAAGUUGAAGUUGUGAACGGAAUAGCUCUACCGAGUGAUGCUGUUGAAGGCACUACUUGUUUAAUAAAACAAGCUAGGGAGACUGGUUGCACCAGGAAUGUUCCAAACACAAUUCUCGGCACACAUUUGUUCUCGACAUGGUUCUGGAGAUUCCACAAUUAUGCUGCUGACGGAUUAGCUGCAGUAAACCCUUGCUGGGAUGAUGACACACUUUUCCAUGCGGCUAUGGACAUCAAUAUUGCCUAUUACACCCGGAUGAUGAUGUAUGAAUUCUAUGGUGAAGUUCUUGGAAAAGAAAACUUGAUAAAAGAAGGUGUUCUUAACUCUCAUGAUGGGUUUAGAGAUGUAUACGAUAAAACGGUCCUACCUGGAGUGUUUGCUGAAUAUGGUUACUCGAUUCGUUGGUUCCACGAAACUCAGGAUGGAACGCAAGAAUUAUACGAUAAAUAUCACAAUUUCAUGGGGACUACCCAGACGGUGAACUUCUCUCUCCGAGUGCAAGAUUUGGCUUAUGAUGAGAACUUGAGGCGAUUGACGCAAGGAGUCUUCUUGCAACCGGCUGGAGGAUUCGGCGAUGGAACUAUACAUCCUGAUAUGGCUGACUUCGGUCUUGGACCGUUGCAAAAGACACUUGAUAUUUUAAGCAACGAUUUGGCGAAAGGAAGAUAUUUCGGACUUGCCCCGUACAUAUAUUACAGAGACUUGUGCACCAACUAUGAAAAGAAGCAUGAGACAUUUGAGGACUUGGAAUACCUCAUGGAUAAAUCUCAAAUAAACCUGCUGAAAAAAGUGUACGAAGAUCCCUGGGAUAUUGAACUGAUGGCUGGUAUCUGGUCUGAGCGCUUGAUGGAGGGAGCCUGGGUUCCACCUACCGUGUACUGUCUAAUCGUUCAGCAAUUGAAGAGAACCGUGGUUAGUGACCGCCAUUGGUACGAGAGACCAAACAGACCACAUGCUUUCACAGCUGAACAAUUGGAGCAAAUAAAUAGAGGAUCGUUCGCCGGAUUGCUUUGCGCUGUCGGAGAUGAUGUGACACACAUACAGCCUAAAGCUUUCCUGAGGAUUGGACCUGGCAAUGAAAAAGUAAGCUGUGAGGAGAUUCCAAGAAUUGACUUCAAUAUGUGGAAAGAUGAUAAAUGCAACCUCUGCGAAUAAACGACAGACUGAGCACUGGCAGAAUUGCUAAUAAACGAGAUAAAUUAAUAAAA